AUGGGAAAGCGUGUUGCUGAAGGCAUCAAAAGAGUGAAGCAAAGCCAGCGAGAACUGGAGUCGUCUAUUCUUAGGCGAUGUGCCAGCGGGCGAGAUCGCCUAGACAAGAGGCUCGCCACCGGAGUCAAGAUCAUCAAGGUUGCUCCUGGUUCCACUGGAAGCAAGGACUUUCCUCGACUCUGGAAACGUGAUGAGGGUGACCGAACCAAGAUUCGAGGCUCUGCCGAAUGGUACAUCCCUCGAAGAGCAGAUCUCAGGAGACGGAUGCUUUUUCUCCAUGGAGGCAGCUAUGUGGUUUACGCUCCUUGUGAUUAUGUGUAUCGAUCGCUGGCCUCGCGAUUGGCAUCCCAAUGUGGCCUUUGUGUCCUGUCCAUCGACUACCGACUGGCUCCGGAGCAUCGCUUUCCAGCCGCUUUUGAGGAUGCUUGCGCAGCGCUCAAGUGGCUGAGCGUGAAUGGUCCACCAGAAGUAAACGGGCAAGGCAAGGUCAAGGGCGCUCCUUUUUCUGCAAGCCCCGCGCGAGAUCUUUUUGUCUGCGGGGACAGUGCUGGAGGAGGGCUUGCGCUGGCGGCGAGUAUGGCGCAACGAGCUUUCGUUCGAGAACGCCUGCGGGGUGUUAUAGGGUUGUCUGCUUGGAAUGACCUGACCGCUUCAACACCGAGCUAUGAUACCCGACAGUGGUGUCCCGAGCAAUGCUGGGGUGACGCUGUCAACGCCGGGGUGGACAGGAAGAGUGGCCGAGAAGAGGCAGAGGCGUACUUGGGACGUCGGGGUGUUCAAUUGCACGGUCGAGACUGGCGUGCGAGCCCUUUCUUCGCACCAGCGGGUCGCUUGCGUGCCUUGCCAUCAGUUCUCCUACAGGUUGGCGACUUUGAACUGAUCCUUGAUGAGUCUGUCCUCCUGCACAAACGCCUGGAAAAACUUGGCCAUCCAGAUGCGCGAGUGGACGUUUAUCCCCGAAUGUGGCACUGCUGGCAUCAAUACGAAGAGGGCAGUGGUCUUGGCACUUUGUCCCAAGCCAAGAAAGCCCUCCGUGACGUGAAGAAAUGGGUUGAAGCACGCAUCACAUGA